AUGACUUCCCACUCGGAUCGCACCAUUGUCCUCAUCACCGGCGCCAACCAAGGCAUCGGCUAUGAAGUCGUGAAAGGCCUCCUUGCGCAUGAGAAAUACCACAUCCUCCUCGGCUCUCGCGAUGCUACGCGUGGUGCCAAAGCUGCCACCGAGAUCGACCCAACGGGUAGGAUUGUGGAGCCCAUCACGAUUGACGUGACCGACGACGCAUCCAUCCAACGGGCAGUCGACGAGGUUGCAUCCAAGUACGGCCGUCUGGAUGUGCUUGUCAACAAUGCGGGCAUCAACAACGAAUUCGAGAUGCACUUCCAACAAGUUCAGAAUCAGAAGGACGGUGUCCAGGAGAAGCCCGAUCUGGCAAAGAUGCGUCGACUCUUUCACGAUGCCUAUGAAGUCAACGUCGCCGGCGCGGCUAUCACAACAGAAGCUUUUGCUCCCCUGCUCGAGAAAUCCACAGCGACGCCAGCUCGAAUCGUCUUUGUGUCUUCACACACGGGGUCACUAGGUCUUCGAGUCGACCAGUCAUCUGAUUGGCACCAAAAGCUCUCAAGCCCCAGCUUCCCCAUCUAUCGCAGCAGCAAGUCUGCGUUGAACAUGUUGACUCUGCACUAUGCGGCCAAGUUCCAGUCCAAGGGAUGGAAAGUAAACGCGUCUUGCCCGAAUCUGACGGCAACUAACUUCUCCCGCGGCAAUGGGCGGCCCGCAUCGGAGUCUGCGGUUAAUAUUGUUCGAUUGGCGACCCUGGGCACUAAUGGCGAGUCGGGGGUGUAUAGAGAUGAGAAAGGCGUCGUCCCGUGGUAG